CGCGGUACAUCCAUUACAGGAUCAGGAGAUACACAGAUCGCGAGGUCUAGCCAAGGGCGGAGAAAUUUCGGUAAUUUACUUCAAGUUGAUACAGAUCGAAAUCUAGAAAUGGCGAUCAAAUAUCUGAACAACGACCAUAUCAAAGGAUUUGAUAAAUACAAGUAUAACAGCCUGGAUACAUCACCAGUAGCUGUGUAUGUUAUGCAUCCAUUUUGGAAUGCUGUGGUCAAGUUAUAUCCCAUGUGGUUAGCUCCAAACCUUUUGACCUUUGUUGGGUUCCUGUUUCAAGUGUACCUGUUCCUGCUUGUAGCCUAUUACGACUGGGACUUCUUCAGCAACAACAGGACCAGGACCGACUAUCAACCCAUCCCUAAUUGGGUCUGGUAUGUUGCAGCAAUCUGCCAGUUCUUGGGACAUACAUUAGAUGGUACAGAUGGCAAGCAAGCUCGGAGAACUGGCUCAAGUACACCACUGGGGGAGCUCUUUGACCAUGGAAGUGACAGCAUCCUCUGUGCUCUCAUGCCCAUUGGACUCUUCUCAAUCUUUGGUAAAGGUUUCGAGGACUUUGGAGGGUCCAGCUGGAUAUUCUUUGCGACGCAGUGGCAUAUUAUUGGUACAUUCUUCAUAACGCACUGGGAGAAAUACCUUACAGGGGUUCUAUUCCUUCCGUGGAGUUAUGACUUCAGUCAAGUGGCUAUUGUUAUAGUAUAUCUGCUGACUGGCAUAUUUGGUUUUGAAGUCUGGAAGGUCGUUCUCCCACUCGGAAUUCAGUUUAAUUAUUUCUUUCUUGGUUUAUGCUGUGAAGAUACCACCUUCCUUUGUUUCUGGUUUAUUGUAUCGUGCGCCGGUGCAGUCGUCUUUUCAUUGCCAUACAGUAUCUACAAUAUUUCAAGGGCAUAUCAGAAUGGAACAGGAAAGAAUCGUUCUUUCAAUGAAGCCGUGUCGCCUCUGAUACCGAUGAUACUCCUCUUAUUGAUCUCUAUAUUCUGGGCUUUAUUCUCACCGACCGACAUCUUAGAACACCAUACCAGGAUAUUCCUGCUCACUUUCUCAGCCAUAUUCUCUAAUAUAACAGUGCGGUUGAUCAUCAGUCAGAUGUCAGAUACGUUAGCCUAUGCAAACAACUCUCUAAUGAUGUUAUUUGGUGUGGCAGCUUUUGUAGUCUGUGUUCUAGGUCUAGCAGAGUAUGAGGUUCGCAUUCUUCAUGGUGUGUUUGUCAUCAUACAACUUCUGCAUUUCCACUACUUAGUUACAGUGGUUAAUCAACUAUGUGAUCACUUCAACAUCUAUGCCUUUUCUAUCACCUCACGACCUAGGCAGAAGAACCAUGUCAAAUGAUAUGAAACAAGGUCUGUGAUUGGUCAAUACUCAGGUAACAAGGGCUAUGUGCAGAUCAACAGCCAAUCGGAAUCCAACAUUCUGUGUUAACCCAUCUUUUAAUUCCAGUAUAACCCCAAUUUUCUACAAACUCUUUGAGUUAUCUUGGGCAUAGGUCUUAUUGGGUUUAACACAAUAUAUGAUCAAGGUCUCUAUGUUUAUCCUUUAAGAAAGAAUUUUUAUUGCAAUCUAUUGCAUAUCUGAGCAUUUUCAACAUGUCUGCUAAAAUCUGUGCGCCGACCUCUUCUCAUCUACUUCCUUGGACUAGUUCAGUGGAAACCAGUUUAAAAUGACGACGUUUGAAGCGGUCUUAAAAGCGAUAUUAAGUGAUCUGCCAAACCAGUUUGAAAAACCACCUUGCGAUGUGAUUUUGACACCGUUCUCACUACCUUCCUAAAACUAGUUUACUGGAAACUAGUUUAGUUGAAGCUAGUUUAAGUAGUAGUGAGAACGGUCAAAGCGAUCUUCCAAACUGGUUUCCUGAAUCAGUUUCCGGUAGGAAGCAUAAUGGGAAUGGCCUCUUUCAAACUGGUCAAGUUUAGGUGAGGGCACAACCGUUCAUCAGGAAGCGAUCCAUGCGCGGAAGUAUGAGAGUGUGUCCAUGAUGGGAGUGCUACGCAGUAUGCACUGUAUGUAGAUGCCUGUGUGAAACAUGUCACCCCAAGGAGAGCAUUCCCAUAGCAACAAGACCACUUUCUGUGAAAUUGUUCUAAACACCAUUUUUAAGUAAGUAGAUGAGAGUGGGGUCGUUGAGACAGUUUAAGCACACCUGGUGCCCGUAACACAAAACUUUUAUAGCAAUGAUCGUAGAACAUUAUUGUACGAUUGAUUCCAUCGACUACACUGUA